UUCGGUUGACGUUUCGGAUGAGUUUACGAUGUUUUGAAAUUUUGCGCCACAAUUAUCUUGUCGAUCGAGCGAUCGAUCAAUCAGUGAUGCUUUCAUCAACUGUAGAAGACCAUUUAAUUCCGAGGAGAGUUGCUCCUAGCUGAAAUGUCGAAUUUGGAAGGAGCUUUUUCGCCAGUUCCCGUGCACAGGACAACUGGCAGCUAUUACAGAGGAUACAUUACUCCACCUGAAAGAUUUAUCAGUACCCAACUGUCAGGGGGACUAAGGGUACUGUAUAAAAAGCUUGAAGAAAAAAAAUAUCAGCCUCACAGACAGGCAAAGAUGGUAAAUUCAAGCCUUGUUACCCAGUUCCACUGCUUGCUGGAAGAUACAAAUUUAUUCAAGUUAUUGGUGAAGGGAAAUCAUCAAUCUUGAUUUCUGCAGAGGAUACUUACCAUUUUAAAAAGAAGCAAGUUGCUAUAAAGAUAAUGAAUUUGGAUUAUUCCAGACUUGGAGCUCAGGAGGCAGAUUGCAUUCAACAGCUCAACAAGGCUGAUCCUCUCCAUGUUGCCAGGACUGUUCAGUUAUUUAAUGUUUUCAGUUUUGAGGGUCAUUACUGCUUGGUUUUUGAGCUUCUGCGUCCUCGGCCGCUUCAUCAAUACUUUCAGAAAUGUCAGUUUGAUAAUGAGGACGAUAAACUGAAAGUCAUUCGGAAAAUAACUUUUCAACUCUUACAAGCUCUUGGAUUCCUAAGGAGACAGAAUAUUAUCCAUGCUGACUUGAAACCAGAGAACAUUCUUCUUAAAGAAGGUGACGAAAUCAAGAUAAAAGUUGUUGACUUUGGAAAUGCAAUUCACUGGGUUCAUAGAGAGGUUUCCUUGUAUUAUGAUGAGUUUGACCUACAAACUUUACUCUACAGAGCCCCUGAGGUGAUGUUUGGUGUUCCCUUUGGCCCUGAGAUUGACAUUUGGUCUCUAGGAUGUAUUUUACCUGAGUUGUACACAGGCAAACCUCUCUUUCUAGGAGAAAAUAAAACAAAAGUGUUGCAAGAGGUAACCAGUAUUCUUGGUCCCAUACCUAGGAGUCCAUUCCAUAUUGGAAAAUUUUUUGAAGAUUUAUCACAAUUUAUAGGUCACAACUCAGAGGGCAAUCACCUGAAAUGUGUGUCUAAUGUGAUGCUAAAACUCCAUAAUUCAAGAAAUUUCUCUUUUUCAAGUUUUUUAGUUGGCUUGCUGAAGUAUGAACCAGGUGAAAGACUUACGCCUUAUCAAGCUGUGCUACAUCCAUUUUUGGCUUCUGAGUGUUCCUUUGCAAAUUUGUUGCCUCAACAAGGAGAUAAGAUAACAGAUGCUGGAAGUUGUACAGACAUUUCGUUUCCUACUGAGUAUAACUUCAAACCAUACGUUGACGAGGAAGUUAAAAGGCAACAUUUUUCUGGAACUGAACUCUUAAAGCGGGGAACUACUGCAACUUCUCUUUCUCCAAACCACUCUCGAACCAAACAGGAAAAUGUAACAUCUCUGAAGAUUGGAAAUUUAUUAUCUUCUCAAAUAGACAAGGCGACAAUUAAUGAGGAAUCGCCUCGGGUAAACCAGUUGCCUUUAGAUAAUUCCAGAUACGCCAUGGAAGGUCCUCUUGCUACAGGACAGCCCAAACCAACUCACCCACAGAACAGGAUGUUUCCCCUUGCUAAAGGAAUUGCAAACACGCAUGAUACAGAAGAAGAACGCAAAGAGGUCCCAGACAGGCUCACAUCUACUUCCCAAACUCCGACAAAUCUUUCUUUGGGAAUAAAUUCAAACGCAUUCAAUAAAAGGGAAAAUUGCAACGAGAAGGAUUAUUCGCUGGCAGGAACCGAGGUGAAUGGUCCUGGUAAUGAGUUCCAAAGACCAUUGGUGAGAUUCGAAAACAACAAAAGCUCGUACUCCAAGGGCAAAAGUGAUGUCUUUAAAAACACUUACGUAGAUAAAGGAAGCUUCCGAAAGUCUUACGAACUUUUUUCAUCUGGAAACAAGAACGUUGGAAGCACAAACUUACUUGAGUAUGAGAACAGGUUUAAUGGUCAUGGAAAAGUAGGAUUUGAUAUGGACAAUUCUUCCUCGGAUGGAGAGACAAAUGCUGCAGCCAGAACUCGUGUCUAUCAUAGGAAAACAAAAUUCGCCAAAGUAGAGAUAGAGUGUAAUGAACUUGACGGUCUCGCAGCAGUCCAAGCGGGACAAUUUGUUAUUGAAUCUCCGUUUCGAGAAGCAAAAGCAACUGUAACAGAUGUAAAUCGUCGAAUGCAUUUGAGGAUGGAAAAGGAAUCAAAAGCAAAGCCGAAGGAGGACUCUGGAAAAGCCACAUUCUCUGAAACAUACCAGAGUGAUGAGGUGAUGUUACUUUGUGAAGAUGUACAGAGCAGUUUCUGAUAUUUUUAACUUUCUGUCUUAAUACAUGUGAGAGUAUGAAAAGUAAAUAAAUAUAUUCUAAUGCAGAUUUAAGGUGACUUUGUGGAUGUUGAGUUGGAGUUCUUCAUUACAUAAUGUACUUGUUGUUCUCUUAAUUCAGAUGGGAAAUAUUCGUGUAGGGAAAAUUAUUUGAUGAUCUUUCCGUCUUAGAAACAUGAAAUAUUUAAAUACUUCAAAGAGACUUUUUCCGCUCUUUUGUGAUACUAUUCAAAUAUUGUAAUUUGUGUAACAAUGAAACCUCACACCAGUUCGUACUUAACAAGUACGUUGUAAAGGUUUUUCAAUUACAUCCUACGAUUACAACCAG